AAAGUGUAUGAAAGUCGGUUACUGUUUGCCAUAUUUACAUUUUGCCGUUUUAAAGAUAUGUAACAUUUUCAAAGCCACUUCUUUCACUUUGCGUGUAGUGGCAAGACGUCAGUGAGUAGCCGAAUUCACGAGAGCUUCCGAAUCGCGCGAGAAACCGCGAGACGUGAAGCUCCCAAAUUUGGCCGGGCCAAAGAGCGACAUCCGCUGGCGGUGAGCGACACUCGGCGGAUGCUUGCUACCUGCCCGCCUGGAAGCGACGUUCAAAACCACCCAACUAGCCGACGAGUAAGGGUCCUCGAGUUUUCGGGGAGGCCGACACUGAAGCUGUGACACAAGUCUCGGUGGGACACACAGAAAUGACGCACACCUGCGACGUGGGGAUCCUCCACUCGGUUGCAGUGGCGAGGUAGAGCGUGCCGUGAGGCUGUCACGUAAGCGUUUUCCUGCGGGGCACAGCGCUUCCUGCCUCAGGUAGAAGUGCUCUCAGUCUUCUCAGCGUUCCUGCUGCCAAGGCGCCAGGCGGCACGCGCUCCUCUCUGCCAAGGCGACGCCAUUCUGCAAAAGGCUCGGAAAUGGAGAAGAGUUGCUCAGAGUGCUCGGAGACGACGCUUGCGCAGAGCUUGUGCACACUGUGCAACAAGUGGUUGUGUUACCAGUGCACGGACGUGCACCGGCAUCAGAGAGCCGCGGUGUCAUCCCAGUACGCAGACCUGCACGACCAGCAGAGGCCCGAGCCGCACCAGAGAGGCUCGGGCUCGCUUCCUGCGACCGGACCGGGCACGGGGUCGUAUCCUUGUUCCCUCCUCAUGUGCCACUCUCAUAGACAGCAGCCCCUGGAGUUGCUUUGCGAGUCAUGUGACCUCCUAUGCUGCAACAGCUGUCACCUGUCCUCCCACAAAACUCACAGGGUGGUGCAAAUUGGGAAGGCUCUCGAGGACCAGCGCUGGCUCUUUGAAAGCCUGACGGUCCAGGUGGAAGAGAAGAGGUCCGCAGUGGAGAGCAACGCGAAGCAGAUCGAGGACAGAGUUCAUGGAGUCAAGAUUGCGCACAGGAAGGCUGAGAACCAGAUUAAGAUGGCAAAGAUGAUUAUGAUCAACGAGCUUAACAAACGAGCUAACCUAUUAAUAGAGCAACUGGAGAAAAUCUCCGAGGACUUCCAGCAGCGUCUGGAGGACCGGCUGCAGGGGGCGAUAGAGACCUGCGCCCAGCUGGACCAGGUGCAGAAGUUCAUCAAUUGGGCAACGACGCACCAUUGCCGCGGCCCGGUGCUCUUCAGCAGGGGAAUGAUUUCUCUGCAAAUCCAACAAUUGCUGGACUCGUCACUGCAGUCUGAAAGUUGGAGUCCCGUGAAAAUCAAGUUCAAUUGGGAUGCGAGCUACUGGACCAAACAGAUGUCCUCGUUAGGCCAGCUGACCGUGGAAGGUGGAAACUGCCCCUACCCGCAGGGCUUGGCCCGCUCCACCGUUCUCAGGCCCCAGCCGAUCACACGCUCGGCUCCGCCGGCUGUUUGCCACAGAGGGCGAGAGUCGGCCUGCGGGUACCAGAUGUGCUGUGAGCCCCGCGUGUGCUGCCUGCAUGGCAUCCCAUCUCAGUCAGAUCUGGACAAGAGCCAGCUGGGAGCCCCGCUCUACAACGCAGGCUAUGUUCCUCCCGGCCCUGGGUCCCGGUUGCAGAGCCAGCAGCUGCUGAGGUGCUGGGACCCAAGCGACUCUUCUGCCUUGCAAACGUCUUCCCGAUGCCCUUCGCCCUCAUCCCGGGUUCCCAUCACGGGACCGAUCCAAAUGAACUGCAGCCGCGGACCUCCGUCCCAGCCGCAAUCUUGUGUCUCUGAGCCACAGUCCCUGCCUGACUCGCAUCUCCGUCACCGUCACCAGAGAGGCUCCCUUCCCGUCAGCAAUAGUCAACAGAGCGCAGAGCAACAUCGGUCGCGCCAGAGCCGUGUCCGAUGCCAGGAGAAAUCACCUAGCGGCGCAACUUUGCAGGAGGUGCUCGGCGAGACGGUUGCGGAGCAAGACGACGCGGCCGACGGUAGCCGGGAGGAGCGAUGCGGAGCGCAGGGGAGUCGCGGACAAACAGUUGAGGCCGAACAUGAGGAGCCAGAGCCUGACGCGAGCCAGCAGAGUCCUGUCCAACAACAACAACAACAACAACAACAGUUUCAGGUUUCUCCAACAGCAGAGCUUAGGAAAGAGCAGCAGAGAACCGGUCCUGCAGCGACGCUACGAGCUCAAACCAAUGGCCAGAGAUCGACGUCCCCGGAGGCGUCCGCGACAGCCAGCGAUUGCGGCUCCGACUUACAGCAACGCAGACUCAACCCAGGUUCGGUGUGCGAUGGCGCAGAUACGCUAACAGGAAAGUAUGCCGGCGCAGACUCCAGGCAGAGGAGAGCUUCGGAUGGCGUUCUUUGCGUUGUCAAGGAAACCUCGGCCGACGUCAUCCUCACCAGAAGUCGGCGGUCUCCGUUACUCUCCUAUAAAACUGAGCCAGAUCCUUCAUACUUGAAUGAGGAGGUCCGUCGUGCUGCCAAAGACAAGUACAGCGUGUCAAGAAACGGUCACAACGGCAGCAGAGAUUCUGAGAGAGAUCCUGGAAGAGCCAGAGUUCCAGUCGUUUGCCUCGAACGCCUGAAAGUUCUUAUCUCUCAACUUCCCUCACACGGGCGAAGGCAGAGCGACCCGCUACCCGCGAGCACGACGGAGAGGGAUAGAACUUUGCCGCGGCAGCAAACGUGGCAGCAUGUAACACGCGAGGGGGCGUCCGGGGGCUCGGGGACCGAGAAGGCUCACUCAGUCUCAGCGUCACGGUGCGCAGACAAACACCAGUGGCUCACUGUCGACCGCGAGUGGGAUACUUGUCCGAGGGCCAGCUUUCCUAAAGCAUCCGAACUGCCACCCGACGACUCUCAGGACAGUAACUCCGCCCUGGACUUUGACUCCGACUCUGACCCCAAGUCGGUCCCAGAAGAGGCUGCGGACUCACGAGUCGACCCGCACUUCGACUCGGACACGUCGCCGGAGUUUUCAUCCGAGGCGGAACUGGAAGGUGCGGGCAAGGAGAAUGAAGUUCUUAAAAGCUGCGACAGAAACGGGUCUACGGGGGAUUCCGAUCAAAGCCUCGCAUGCGACGCAGACCCAGAAUCGGCUUCGGGAACAGGAUCGGAGGAUGGCCGCGGAGGAUUCGAAGUCGAUGCGGAUUCAGGCGCCGCCGAAACAGAGUCAGAUGCCCAACCGGAACUUGACAUCAUAUUCCAGGCGGGAACAGAUUCAGACCCAUUGUCCGAUCCGCUGCUGAGCCGCCAGGGCUCUGCGGAGUCUGAACCGGAUGUGGAAUCGGAGCUCGAAACAACAGAUGACCCGCAGCCUCUGCGCUCCGACCUCGAGGAAGAGGACCCCGUGGGACCCGGCCAGAGGCCGCUGCUGAUCGCGAACCCCGGGCCGCCGAGGAGAGCGGAACUUGAGGAGGAGGACGACGCCGAAGUGGAGAGUGAGGACUUCUGUGGAGUGUGUCUGAUCGGUGGGGAUCUUUUAUGCUGCGAUCGCUGUCCAAAGGUUUACCAUUUGUCCUGUCACGUCCCUCCUCUGCUGAGCUUCCCUUCAGGGGACUGGCUGUGCAGCCUGUGCAGAGAUGUCGUGCAGCCACAGGUUGAAUACGACUGUGAAAAUAGAAGAAGAUCUGGGGAGCACGCAGCAGUCCACGGCCUGUCUGCAUGUGAUCAGAGAAAAUGUGAGCGAUUGACCCUCCUGAUCCUGAAUAACAUCCUGAGCGCGCCCUUUCACGAGCCCGUCAGUCCACUUGCUCGCCAUUAUUAUCAGAUCAUCAAGCGGCCCGUCGACCUGUCCGUGAUCCGCGCCAGGCUUCACAAGAGGAGCGCGCAACAUUACAACUCGCCCGAGCAGUUUGUGGCUGAUGUCUGCCUCAUGUUUCACAACUGUGCAAAGUUCAACUACGUAAGUUCUGACUUAUCCGUUUCUAUCGAUUCAUUCCACGCCACCAUUAUUGUUAAUUGCCGCGAGCGUUGUUACCUGUCUGAACUCAGCCCGAUUCAGAGGUGGCGCAAGCGGGCCGCAGUCUCCAGGCCUUUUUCGCCACCGAGCUGGAAGAAGCGUUCCCGGGCCGAGCUUUCCCGGCGACCGAGGCGGACAGCGACAGCGACGAGUACGACGAGGCCUUCCGAGCGAACGAGGGCGGCUUCCCCUGGCCGGAGAGGAGGGAGCAGUGCCACAGGAAGAGGAAGAGGAGACAAUCGCUCAAGUCGAGGAGACAUCACAUGUGACCGGGCGGGACUGCACUUGGAUUAUUGGGAUUGAAACACCUGCUGGAAUGUUUGGGUUUUCGCGAUCGAAUUUGGUCUUUUUGUGGAGUUGUGACCCUCCUCGUCAUUUUGUCUUCCUCUCGGAGCGUUUGGUUGAUUGCCUCGAAAAAUGUGAGAGCGGGUCAGCGCUUUGAUCGACAGGCGGUCAGCGCGGGCCGCGGCCCGCCGCUCUCCCGAGGUUAGCGGCGAUAGGCCUGCAGCGGAUGGACGUAACGAGAGCACGCUGGCGGCGCCGAGGCUUAAACCUUGGCCAGUAGCGAAAUCCAUCAGCGGUUUUGAGCGCGGCGUCGAGGUUUCGCUCCCUCGGAGCGAGAAGGAAUUCUGGCUCCGGCUCGGACUUUGCGUCCUUCUGUCUACGGAGCUCUUUUAUCAGCACAGCAAAUCGAAGCCUGAUCUGAUAAUAUACAACCGACGCAUCGAGUUGACAUGUCGAGAAGAACGGCCAAAAAAUAAGAACCCAGCGUGCGGAAGGUUGGCUUUUAUAAUUGGACUGUAAUUAUGACAUCAUAUUUUGCUCGCGAUGAGACCCCGAUGAUGCACUAACAAUCACUACAUGUAGCUUGUAUGAUAUACCUCGAGGUUUCUCUGCUGUUGUAUGUUUGGGGAAAAAGGUGUCUUUCCAGAGCAAACGGCUUCAAAUCCCUGGAAAGUGAAAACGCGGCGGUUCACGUCACACACCAGAGUCGCCCUGCCAAAUUUCAACGAUUAACAAAAAAGUCACCGAAAAAGAUCCAAUGAGGCUUGGAAAAUCAUGGCUGAAACCACGCCCCGUUCAACUGUCAAUAGUCCAUCAAACCCCACACCGCCACCGGCCGGGAUCCUCUCGGGCGACGGACGACACAACUACGCCGCAUAGAACGACGGGACUCACGCCGGACACCCGAGGGCCUUGUUCACUGGGCAGUUUUAUCCACGCCCCCCCCCCCCCCAAAAGGAAACCUAAAAUAGCUAAAGAAAAAGACAAAUGACAUAGCAUGUUUUCAGCAACUCUUUUAAAUUCACUUUCCAGGGUCUUGAACCCGCCGUUCCUUCCUGCACUUUGAUCAAUUGUAUUUAGCGCCUGAGGAAAUGUCCAGUGUACGUGUCAAACUAUACACAACCUUGUCUUAUUCCCAUUUCCUAAUAGUCGGCCAAGGAUUAUACGCAAUUGUUGGAAAUGUUUCUGAUUCCCGUCUCAUUCAAGUGUGUUUUUUUCAUUCCGCGCUCGAGUAAAUAAACACCCUCGGCAAAAUGCGGUAGUUUGUUGACUAAAACAUGUGGCUACGGAUUAGACGAUAAGUGCCACUCACCAGUAGUAUUUCAUUGGCGAGGACGGAAACGGGACCUUUGUGUCAGUAUGCGAAUGUUUUGCUUUGACGAGAGUUGGGGAAAAUGUUUCACCCGGUAACUUGAAGUAUCUCAGGCCCAGUAAUAGCGUCACAUGUUGCCAUUGAUAAUCAGAACUGUUGCUGUGUUACGCCAAGCCACUUUGUCCAACUGGAGCACAUUUCCUUCCGAGGUUCAUUUGCGUCCUUCAGUGUGUAUGUAUAUGUUGGAAAAUAUUCUACGGACGGCACUUUGUAACUUUGACGUUUUGAAAAGUGUUGCAGAAAUAAAGUCAUUGUUAGAUUGA